UUGGGAAGAAGAGAACAAGCCCCAAAAUUCAACACUUGUUUUUCCUACAAACACACAAACUCACAACUCAAUAAUAGAGGAACCGAGACGAAUCUGCCUGAUACCGAAAAGGCCACUCUAAAUUCUGUGCCUCAGUUGAACGAGAGACGUGGUAUUGUUCAAAACGUUCAAAAGGCCAACAAAACGUUGUUCUACCCGAAAUUGGCCUACAAAAAAAUUAAAAUUUUUUUUUGAUAAUUGUUGUAGUUGUUAUUAGUGAUGCCUCCUUCAUAACUAACCAACGAAGAAAAUUAACCACUAAAUAUUGUGCUAACUUCAAUGUUUAAUACAUUAAUCGCCAAAAAAGAAAAACUGCGAAAAUACGAGAAAAAUAACAAAUAAUCAGUGGAUGUGUGUGUGUGUGUGUUUGUGUGUUUAUAUUGCAUAUGAUUUGAUUCAAUUACUUAAUUUGUCUCAAAAAAAAAAAGGCCAGAAGAAUCAACAAGUCAAAUUUCCUGCCAUUGUGUUUAAAUUAUAAACAAAUUUCGCCCCAAAAAAUAUAUACAUUGCAUAAUAUGGAAGAUAUUUCAUCAAAAAUAUGUGCAAAAAACCCCACAAGCUGCCAACAAAAAUUCUAAAACAUGCCAAAUUUUGUAUAACUAAUGGACACUAAUAAAUAAUAAUUAAAAUAAUUUUAUUAAAUUUAAAAAUACUUAGUAGGACACCAACAGUUUUGUACCUUAAUGACAAUUGUGUGUGCUUGCGUUGCUCUAAAAAAUUUCGAAAACUCUGUGUGUGAGUGUUUAUUUAAAUAAAAAUUAAGUGUUAUAAUGCGUGGGUAGUUAAACGAUAAACAAGAAAAAAAAUCGAAAAAAAUGUAAUAGUGCUAAAAAGUAAAGAAAAAAAAGUCCACACAACCGAAGAGCAGUCAAAAAAACGCACAAUGGUGGUCCAUAAAAAUGCUUAGUAACCCCAAUUAACCAUACAAGUGAUUAACAACACCAAUAGCCGAAAAAAAUGGGUGAUCCUUCCCCACCACCAACAACGCCUUCAGAGCAACAAAGCAAUAAUAAGAACAACGGUAAACCUCAUAGCAGCCGCAGUGAUGCUUCUGAGGGCGGUGGUGAUAAACAAAGCGAGGCUGGUGCCGGCAGCACCACCAAUCAAGAAUUUCGACAAAAUCAUCCCCAACCCCAGCAACCAUCCUCCAGACAACAGCCGCCAAUGCCCCACGAAUUGACCGCUGAAUGGACGGUGCGGGCGCAAUUACGUUUUGCCCGUGCUGGGGAAACGGUGCGCAAGGAUUUCAGCACCAAUGAUCCCAUCAAUCCAGUGCGUGUCGUCUAUAAAUGGUCUACAUUAGAUGCCGAUGGCACAGCAGCGGAUGGUGAGGAGCGACACGACGAUAAACAUUCUGAUGUUUUCAAAAGGAAUUCAUCACGUUCAUCGGGCUAUUCACAUGAAACGGGAAAGGGAAAAUCCCGCAAAGAUUGCCGCAAAGAGGAAAGUUUUCGUUCGACUACCUCAUCGACAACAUUAUAUGGUGGAGCUGAUUCGGCAUUUAGUGGUUCAAAUACCUCACAUCGUAAAAGAAAAACAGUAGAUCCAAAUAAAACUCCAGAGCCGGAUGAUGAUACGGCGGCUCCGUUUUAUGGUACCAGAUGUCGCAGUACCUGCAACAUCAUAGUUUCGGCUGUUGCAGACUUUCUACCUCCACCUGGACUCAAUAUCGAUGAAGUGGAUGAUAAUGAAGUAGCCAGACAUAUGAGUCGCAGCCUCAUAAGGGAGGAAGAGCCAGAUCCUUUUGUGUUCAAUACCACGGCUUGUUAUACAGUGUUGCCGGAAAAGUCCUUUGAUGAGGACUCUUACACACGAUCACAAAAAUCGAAAACCUAUCCUGGUUCUGGUAGAAUUCUUAAUCUACGAGAUGCCAUUUGCCAGACCAGUGAUACGGAGACCCGAUAUUUUGAAGAAUAUGAGCACAGACGUUAUAAGGCGUCACACAGUCCGCUGGAGAGAAGGGAUUCUCGUAGGCACUAUGAUCAGCGCAGAGCCACAACGGAGGCUUUAAUGCAGCAGCCACACAGUUAUGGGAGUGGUGUUAACGAGGGAAACACAUUAAGGCCUUCGUAUAUGCCCUCGUCGCCUUCACCAGCUUUUAAAUCGACCUCUAUGCCCCGCAUACCAUCCAUCGAAGGCGAAGAUGUGUCUGCGGGUCCUUCAUCCCAUGCUAUGGGUUCACUGCCCGCUUUCAUGGCCUCUAACAAGACUGUGCAAUCGGCCACUGAAGGCCAAAAGAAACCACGUACGGUACACAUUGAUGUCUAUUGUACGGGCUCCGAAGAUGAGGAUCAUGCUGAUGCAGAGUCCAGUUCAGAAUCCGAGGAUAAUCGCAGACAUGAUCAAGAGUCGAAUUCGACAUUUCAAACGGUAUUGGAUAAUGAGCAAAUGCGCCUCAGGCAUCAGCGUAUAACGGGGGGUUCUCUGCCAAGACGUUUGGGUGGUCAACAGCAGCAGCAGCAGCAACAAAAAGUAUCUAGCGCUGGCGCCCAACCUGGGGCCUCGACCCACAUUGGUGGUGAUCUGCACCUGGGCCAUGGCAUUACCACUUCGAAUACCACCGAUGAGGUUAAUGAAUCCAAACAAUUGCUCUUUCGCAAACACAUUGGCGAUCAGCGUGCCAUUAAAUUGGCCAACUUGAGACAAAAAUAUUUGCGCCAAUCUUCCGACGAUGCCUUGAGUAUGGGCUACCCCAGUUCGACGAGAUCCACAGUGCGAGAUAAUACCUGCAGCAGUCUGUCCAGUGUCUUGGCUGGUCAUGAUGUGGUCGACACUCCCACCUGGAAGGAGACCGAUGACAAUGAGGACUAUUCCCUCACCAAGUCGGAUAGUUUUGAAUAUGAAAAUGCCAUGGACCGUUUGCGUAUAAGGCAAAUGGAACGUCUAUGGUCGCGCAGUCAUUCCAAGGAGGAUGAACCCGCUCAACAACAAGUACAAGCAGGACAAUAUCUUCAAACGCAUCCUGGAGGCGGUUUGCAUCAUUUGCAAACCAUUUCUGAGGUCAAUACAAACACACCCCAAAGAGUAUCGCCUUUUAGAGGCGGCAGUCGCCUGCAAAGAGAUGACACUUUGCCCUCCGAAUCGGAAUUCUUCUCGGAAACUGAUCAAUCCUAUGGGCCAUAUGUGGCAGCUGGUAACACCGAACAACGUAAUGUAUCACCCAUUAUUACCACCACCUCACCCACAGCGGGCUUUCAUCAGACACAACAUUUCUCCAAGAGCCGUCCGGGUUUUUUGCAAUUCUUUGGUCCUCAAAAUCGCACAAGUCCGCAACCACAACCCUUGUCGGCCCCUGUGGAGGGUUCCCUGCUAUAUCCUAAUUACCUGCCAGGCUUGCAACGCUGGAAAAGUGAGACGCGUGAGAAUCUAUCAGCCUCGCCUGUGCCUACACCCACUGAACGCAGCAGGCAUUCAACGCCUCAGCCGGCUGCAAGUCCUGUGUUCCUGCGUUGUGGCAGUGAGGCGCCACCCGCUACCACCAGUGCAUCAACCUUCCCCACCACCACACCCACACCGGUGCGGCGUUUUGAUAUGUUUCAGCCCUAUCGCCAAAGUCCGGCGGCCAGUGAUGCCUCUUCGGCCAAGCCUCCUGCCGGCUACUCCUCCGAGUACCUGGACAAGGCCAGCAAAUUUGGCAAAGUGGUGCCGGCUCGUAAGCCAGGCCAUCAUGUUGGUCCUACCAAAAAUCCGAAUUGUUCGUGCGAAAGCUGCCAGAGAUGGCUGGCCGAACGUUUUCAGGUGCGAGGUAGAGCCUUUUCGUUGGGCGAAUCGGCUAUGCUGAGAAGGGUGAAGAAAUAGCAAGGCAGAAGCACAAAGAGGCUAAAGCGAAGUGUUUAAAUGCCAAUGCCCAAACAGGAAAAACAUUUUUAACGAUACUGCCAUACUUUAGUUGUUAAGACUUAAUUGUACCCAAAAAAUAAAAACAAA